AUGGCUCCAAUAAAUCCUGUGGAGAGACUUCAAGUCCCACAACCGACAUUCAACCGAUCGAGCUCGAUAUCGUCGGUGUCGUCCAUAUCACAGACAUCGUCUAUAAACUCUGAGUCUCCGUUGACUGAACUGAAGUUCAAGAUCACACCACAGGAACUCGCUGCGCUUCACGACCCGAAAUCACUCAAGAAGCUCUACGACCUUGGUGGUAUAUCACACUUGCUCUCACAGUUGAACUCCGAUUACAAAAGAGGGUUAAAUGAGCAGGAUACCGAUGACUUACAGGAAAGAAAGUCACACUAUGGGGAAAACAGAUUACCCGUUAGAACACAGAAGACCUUUUUUAAGCUAUGUUGGGAUGCGAUGAAGGAUAAGGUGUUGAUCAUGUUGUCUGUGGCCGCAGUAGUCUCAUUAGCUUUAGGUCUUUACGAAACUUUUGGGGUGGCGCAGGAAUAUGACGAUGAAGGUAAACCAAUGCCGAAGGUGGAUUGGGUUGAGGGUGUGGCAAUUAUUGUUGCUGUUCUUAUUGUGGUUCUUGUUGGAGCAGCUAACGAUUACCAAAAGGAGAGACAAUUUGCCAAGUUAAACUCUAAAAAGGAAGACCGUGAGUUAAUAGUGGUCAGAAAUGAUGGUCAGCAGUUAAUAAGUAUCCACGAUCUUCUCGUGGGGGAUAUCUUGAAUAUCCAAACAGGUGAUAUAAUCCCAGCCGAUCUGGUUUUAUUGGAUGGUGAAUUAGAAUGUGACGAGUCUGCAUUGACUGGUGAAUCGGACACCAUUAAGAAGAAGCCAGCCAAGUUAUGCUUGAAAGUAUAUCAAGAGAAUUUACCUACUGAUGAAGACAUUGGUUCAACUAAGAUCAAGUUUAGAGACCCCAUGUUGAUUUCUGGUGCUAAGGUCUUAUCCGGUUUAGGUAACUCAGUCGUUACUGCUGUGGGUCCUUACUCAAUGCAUGGUCGUACCAUGAUGAGUCUUAGACAUGAGCUGGAGACCACUCCUUUGCAGGUUAGAUUGGAUAAUUUAGCUGAGGGGAUCUCCAAAUAUGGUCUCUUAGCUGCUUUGGUUUUAUUUGUUGUAUUAUUCAUUAGAUUCUGUGUUAAUAUUGCUCCAGGCGGAAACGAAAAUACAUUGGCAGGGGCUGCAAAGGGUAAGGCAUUCUUAGAUAUCUUAAUUACUGCCAUUACUAUUGUUGUUGUUGCCGUCCCUGAAGGGUUACCUCUUGCUGUCACUUUGGCUUUAGCCUUUGCUACAACUAGAAUGGCGCAAAAUGGUAAUUUAGUCAGAGUCUUAAAAUCGUGUGAAACCAUGGGAGGAGCAACUGCCAUUUGCUCAGAUAAGACAGGAACUUUAACUGAAAAUAAGAUGAGAGUUGUCAAGGGUGUUAUAGGAGGAAUAGAAUUCGAUGACUCAGUCGGCGCUGAUAGAGAUACUGGUGUCUCCCAAUUCGAUAGUACCAUGGUUGGUAAGAUUUCUCAAGAAAUGAAAAUAUUCUUAAGUACUAACAUUAUCUUGAAUUCUACAGCCUUUGCUAACAACCAAUACGAUGAAGCUGCAGCUCAAAAACAAAAGGAUGAAGAUGCUUCAAAAAAGAAGCCAUCUUUUUUCAGAGAACUUCUUUUUAAACAAUCUAAAGACUAUCAACAAGAACUUAUAAAGGCCAUUGCUCUUGGAGAACCAUUCUUGGGUAACAAGACCGAAUCUGCAUUAUUAAUUCUUGCCAAGGAGAAAUUUGGUCUUUUCCAAGACAAGUCUUUGGAUCAAAGACGUAAAGAAGCGCAACAUGAAAUAGCUCAAGUGAUUCCCUUUGAAAGUUCCAGAAAAUGGGCUGGUAUCGUUAUUAAAAUUGACAAUGGGUAUAGAUUGUAUGUUAAGGGUGCAGCUGAAAUCGUGUUCAAAAGGUGUGGUUACAAGUAUGACAAUGAUACCAACAAAAUUGUAGGCAUUGAGAACAGAGAUGCCAGAGAUGAAUCAUUAUCCAAGAUUGAUGAAUAUGCAAACGAUGCUCUUAGGGCUAUUGCUUUGGCCCAUAAGGAUUUCGUGGGAAUUGAGUCAUGGCCUCCAAGCGAAUUUGGGGUGAAUAUUAGUGUCAAUGAAUUGGCUGAGCAGAUAUGGAAUGGGUCUGACCAGAAAACUUUCACUUUAGAUGGAAUUUUGGGUUUGCAGGAUCCAUUAAAAGCAGGUGUACCCGACGCAGUCUUGAAAUGUAAACAGGCUGGUGUUAAAGUUAGAAUGGUUACUGGUGACAACUUGAUCACAGCAAAAGCUAUUUCUAAGGGAUGCCAUAUCUUAACCCCAGAUGAUUUAUCAUCAGAAUAUGCCUUUAUGGAGGGACCUGCUUUCAGGGAAUUGAGUCAAGAACAAAAGAACAUAGUUGCUCCACAAUUGAAAGUUUUGGCUAGAUCUUCACCUGAAGACAAGAGAAUCUUGGUUCACACAUUAAGACAAUUGGGCGAAGUUGUUGCUGUUACUGGUGAUGGUACUAAUGAUGCUCCAGCUUUGAAGUUGGCAGAUGUAGGAUUUUCCAUGGGAAUUGCUGGUACUGAAGUAGCUCGUGAGGCUUCUGAUAUUAUUUUAAUGACCGAUGAUUUUACUGAUAUUGUCCAAGCUAUCAAAUGGGGUAGAACUGUUAGUACUUCUAUCAAGAAAUUUAUUCAGUUCCAAAUCACUGUUAAUAUCACUGCCGUUGUCUUGACUUUUGUAUCUGCCGUUGCAUCUUCAGAUGGUCAUUCAGUCUUGACUGCAGUUCAAUUGCUUUGGGUCAAUUUGAUUAUGGAUACUUUAGCAGCUUUGGCAUUGGCUACUGACAAACCAGAUGACCUGUUAUUAAACAGGAAACCUAACGGUAGAAAUACUCCAUUGAUUUCGAUUUCGAUGUGGAAAAUGAUAUGUGGUCAAGCAGUUACUCAAUUAAUUAUCACUUUUAUUUUACAUUUCGCUGGUGGUAAAAUCUUUUUCCCAGGUAAAGAAUUAACUAACCACCAGUCAAAGCAAAUAAGUGCUUUAACAUUCAAUACAUUUGUUUGGUUACAGUUUUGGAAAUUAGUUGUUACCAGGAAACUCGAUGAAGCCGACGGAAUCAGAAGUAUUAGGGGACGUAUCACCAGGGAGAAUUUGGAUUUCUUCCAACAUUUAUUCAGAAAUUGGUAUUUCAUUGCCAUUGCUUUAAUCAUUGCUGGGUGCCAAAUUUUAAUCAUGUAUGUUGGUGGUGCUGCCUUCACCAUUGCUAGACAAACUGGACCUAUGUGGGGAACUGCUAUUAUUUGUGGAUUUCUUUCUAUCCCAGCUGGAGCAUUGUUGAGAAUCUGUCCAAAUGAAUGGUUUGAAGCAAUUAUUCCAUAUAAGUUCUUGAGGGGGUUCGUGUAUGUUAUCCUGUUUAAGUGGUUUAGAUUGAAGAAGGAGAAGGACAUUGAAGCUCAAGAUGAAAGUGACGAGGUAAAAGAGGAGAUUAAACUUGAAGAAAGACUGUAA